CUUUCUCUCUGUCUUCUUCUUCUUCUUCUUCUUCUUCUCCUUCUUCUCUCUUCAGGCGUGAGGUUUGGCUUUUGAUUACAAAAACUCUUUUACAAAACAAAAGCCAUCAAGAGCCCAUCAAGAGCUGUGUCUCAUUUGUUUUCUUCUCAUUUUUAUGAGAGUCAAAAAGAAUUACAGAAUAGCAAGAGUCUCUGUCAUCAUCUUUGUCUUGACAUUCAUGUUUUUGUUUCUUUCUUCUUCAUCACUUAUGUAUAAUCAUUCUCUCUGUUUUCUCUCUCACUUACCUUUGCUCAGUUUCAUCAGCUUUUGAUUGAUAUAUAGUUCUUCUUUUGAGGCAGACAAAGAAAGAGAAAACAAUAUCAUUUGAAACCUACUGUUUCUUAUUGUUGUUAUUAUAUAAGUUUUCAGUUGAGUUUCAUCCAUGGAUGUGUGGGAGAAGUAUUCGUUAAAGGAAGAUCAUCAUCUUCUUCAUAAGGGGGGUCGAAACAGGAGGGAGAACAACAAUAAUCCUUCUUUCUCUUCAACUCUUCUCGACGCUAUUUACCGUUCCAUUGAUGAAUCAAACGGUAAAGGAGACGAGGAUGACCGAGAGGUGAUUUUCUACAGAGAAUCCAUGAGGAAGAAGAAGCAUGGGCAUGGAGGGCAAGAAGAUGAUCAAAUGGCUCGUAUGCAACGAGCUUGCAUGAUUGAGAGGUGGAUGGAGAAGAAAGUCAGCUGCGAAAAGGUCGUUGUUCGAAGAAACUCCAUGGCGGAUUUCGAAACAAAGCAUCAUUUUGAUAAUUCGGUGUUGUUGAAGUCGAGCUCCAGUUCUUCAGAAUCCAGCUGUGGAGGCGGCUUCUCAUCAUCGGAAUCAGACUCCUUUUAUGGUGCAAAAUCAAGAUCCAAUUCAAGUUCUUGUUAUUCCAUGCAAAGGCCGAAGCCAAUUCGAACCAGUCUCUCUUCCACCCGCCCCGAGAAAGAGUAUGUUUCAUCGCAAAAGGCGGCGGGGGCUGCGCCAAAACACGAAGGUGGUUCCGGGAAGACGAAACUUUCCAGAGCCUUGAAAAUUUACAGUGAUCUGAAGAAAGUCAAGCAGCCGAUUUCUCCGGGCGGCCGACUCGCAAACUUCUUGAACUCUCUCUUCACUGCAGGAAAUGCAAAGAAGGCGAAGAUUAUAAACUCAUCACAGCCGGAAUCGGCGUGUUCAUCAGCUUCCUCAUUCUCGAGGUCUUGUUUGAGCAAGACGCCAUCUUCAAGAGGGAAGUUAAGCAACGGAACCAAGAGAUCAGUCAGGUUUUAUCCGGUAAGCGUGAUCGUUGAUGAAGAUUGCAGGCCGUGUGGGCACAAGAACCUGUAUGAAAAUAACAAGAAUGACGAGCUUCAAUAUCGCGUCAUGAAUGAGAGCCAAAGAGUCCAGGAAGCUGCAAGGGAGUUGCUGAAGAAUUAUCAGAAGAAGAAGCUGGAGUUUGAUAAUGAUCAAGAGUUUGAUGAUGUUGAAGAAGAAGAUGAAGAUGAUGAUGCAAGCUGUGCAAGUUCUGAUCUUUUUGAAUUGGAUAAUCUUUCAGCCAUUGGAGCAAUUGAGAGGUACCGAGAAGAACUGCCGGUUUAUGAAACAACUCAUCUUGAUACUAAUCGAGCCAUUGCCAAUGGUUUGAUCUUGUAAUUCCACCAAAAAAAAAAAAAAAAAAAAAAA